GAUCUAAAAGAAGCCUUUGCAGGAGAAGCUAAAUUUUCCCAGAAACCUCAGCUACUUCUUUCAGCCAGUGUUCCUGGAAACGUCGAAGCAAUAGCUGUGGGAUAUGACGUCAAAGAGCUGAACAAACAUCUAGAUAUGUUUAAUGUUAUGACCUACGAUUUCCACGGUGAUUGGGAACGUCAAGUUGGCCACAAUAGUCCUCUUUAUCCUCUAGAGGGCGCAAGCGUCUAUGACAGUAAACUUACAGUGGAUUACAGCGCUUCAGAGUGGGUGAAGAAAGGCGCCUCUAAGGAGAAAAUGUGUAUCGGCAUUCCCACAUACGGCCGAACUUACAUUCUCAAAAACGAUUCUUGGACUGACGUCGGCGCCCCCGCAGUCGGUGGUGGUGAACCUGGGAACUACACGGGAGAACCUGGCUUUAUGGCCUUUUUUGAGGUGUGCGACUUUCUCAAGUCUGGAGCGACAUUGGUUUGGGACGACGAACAGAUGGUGCCCUAUGCUUAUAAAGGAAAUCAGUGGGUUGGAUUUGACGAUAUGAGAAGUGUUAGAAGCAAAGUAAAUGCGAAAAAGGUAGAUUGUAAAGAUGCAGAUGGCGUCAUUUCAUAUCACCAAGACAAACAAGACUGCUCCAAAUACUAUUUAUGUCAUGGUCGAAGACGUCAUCAUAUGCCCUGCCCACCAAACCUCGUUUUCAAUCCUGACGAAAAUCUGUGUGAUUGGCCGGAAAACGUAGAUUCCUGUUUACUGACGUCAUCAGAGAAUUCUAUUGUUGUUUAGAGCUGUGUGUUGCUUGCGCUCGGUUUCAAGAUAACCCUUCAACGCCUGCGAAACCAGUUAACUAAAGUUCAUUUUAACCCAUGAUAACCGCUGAACACUGGAUACGAUCAUAUUCUACACGUUAGUGCUAUCAGCCAAACUUUUAAAUCUAUCCAACCUGUACCUUUUUUUUUUAUUUGAGUCUCUUCCAACGUUUGAAACUUACCGAGUUGAAUUUAACCCUCACGCAGGUCAAAUGUCAGAGAGUAAUUUGUUUUCAGCUACGAGAUGGACAACAGACAGAUAUGAUAUUGUACUGGUACCGUUGAUAUGUUGUACAGAGACUAGUAAUACUAUUUGUUCUCAUUUUCCAAAUUCAAUCCAUUUAUUAUCAAUACUGUAAUAAAAACAUCUAUAACCAAAGGAUUAUUCGAAUCAGUCAACCAAACAUAGGACGUUUUAUGCUAGAAAUAUUUUGACAACUGGAGACAAACGUCCAUAGUAGGUUGUUUGCCUGAAAUCCGGGUUGGAAUGUUGAGUUACCCUAAAAUAUAUAUAUAUAUAUAUAUUAUAACAAGAUUUAAU